AUGUCUAGACUCCAUACAGGAAGGAGAUUUCCAUACCAUCAAACAGAAAUGGGAUGUAAAACCUUGGAAGGUACCGGUAUGAUUUUAGAGAUUAACGAUGAAGAUUCCAAUUUACUUAUUUAUCCUGCGGGUUUACCUGAUCGAUACUUAUGA